AUGGUUGAACCUGAGAAACCUUUUGCCUGCACGAUUCCCGAUUGCGGGAUGACGUUCACCAAUGAAGACCACCUCCAUGUUCACACGAAGAAACAUGACAUGGUGCUGCAACUGGGGUUGGAACAGAAAGCGGCGUUUGUCGCUGACCAGACACCAACCCCAACUCGUUUUAUCAGGAAUUGUGAGGAAGUGGGAUUGUUCCAGGAUCUUCAGAAUGUCAACCCUUUUGACGAGGGCUUCAAAAGAGCAAUGGAAACUAAAGCUGGGGUUCUUUGUAUAGACAGCAUGGCAACUUCGUCUGACGAGCUUCACACUCCUCAGAUGGUGUUCCCACUGAUUGAUGGUGACUCAACGCUGCACAGCACCACUAAUAACAAGAAUAUUACUAUAAGCAGAUCCUCAAGUGACGAAUCCGGUGCCAUCAAAGAAUUUGAAACGACCACCAUUUCAAAAUUAACCAACGAGGUCACCACAAUAAGCAGAAUCGUUGGAAAGACUGAAGAGAAAUCUGAUAAUAGCAAAAACGAUGUCAGGAAAGACUCCGUUUCAUACACAAAUAACGUUAUCAAAAUCAGUAAUAUGGUCAGAAAGGAUAGCGUUGAAAAGAAUCCAAUUCAGACACUCAUUUACGAAGAUACUGUGAUCCGUGAUAGCAAUAUGAUCUCUAAAGACAGUGUAGAUAAGGUUCAAAACUCAUACGUAGAAAUCCCACCGAUAAUGUCACAAAAAUCCUUAGAUUUUAUUGUAGAUAGCUUAAAUACUGACUUUGAUGAAGCUAAAAAGAAAUCAAAAACUACCGAUGAAGAUUAUGAAGUAAUUAUAAAACUACCAAAUGGUAAACAAGUUAGAAUGCGUGCGGUUGAUGAGGUUGUUGAGAAACCCAACGCCAAAGAAGCUUUAAGAAAAGUGAUCUCCGAGAAGGUUGAAGCGAAGAACUCUAUUAAAAGACUCAACAGUAUUGUGGUUCCAAAUAUAUCUAGUGUUGUAGUGCCAAGUGUAAAUAGUUUAGUGACUGGGACACUGAUCCCAGUGACUCUAGUGAAUAGUGGGGUACCAAAAGUGCCAAUUAUUCCUCUUAAAGUCCCAGAGAAGUAUGACAAAAGACCUGUUAAGAGAAAAAUGAGUAGGACCGUAGAUGGUAUGAAAAAUGGUGAUGCGAAUGCCAGUUGCAGCAAGAAUGACAGAAAAAGUUUAGCUGCGGAGGACUUGGAUAGCAGAUCAGCAGCAUCUAGAAGAUAUAGGGCACGGUUAAAAGAGACAUAUGACCGACAAGCUCAAGAAAAUAAGCAACUGAAAGAGCUUAAUGAAAGUCUUUUAGCUGAGAAGGCUGUGCUGAGGAACCUCAUCAUGGAGCAUUUGAGAAGCUGCCCCAACGCUGUCGAAAUGAGGUCUAUCAUGGAGAAGGUCAAGUUCUCUGGGACGGAAUUAUAA